AUGUGGGAUGUCGUCUGGACAGAUCCCAAUCCAGAACUGGUGGGCGAGCACAAGGCACGAAAAGAGAAAGAGGACAUGUUCAAGAAAGACGAUAAAAGUCAGCCGAGACGCCGUUCGGCAUCCACAGCCAGCUCGCGCUGGUCAACUGACUCCCCGUUUGCCAUUUUCCGUACCAGAGGCUCGAAGAAAGCAAACGAGGCUUCUUCCAACGCGGAAAUGGCCUCGUCUGGCUCGUCGGGAGUGGCGUCACCGGCGAUGGCCUCUUCUGAUCGCUCACCAAUGUCCAAAACAUUUGACGAGGGCAGCCGUCGAAGCUCCAGCCGCAUGUCUAUCAGCUUCCUAGAGCGACUUGCCCACUUUGAAAGUCCUUUGAACACCAGCCCCUUGUUGUCCGAGAAUAGUGGCGAUGCAUGCAGAAGGCUAUUCUGUAGCUCUGCGAUCGAAGGUGAGAAAUGUCGACUUGCUUGUGUUAGAACGCCUGUUGAUGACUUUGACUCUUCCACAGAUAUUCCCUCCUCGCCAUCGGCUAUUAAACGCUUCUCGAUUGCCGGCUCGACCUCUGAUGAUUUGACCGAGUCCGAGAAGAUGCGGAGUCUGGUGCAGAUAUUCCGGCGAAGUCCAUCGACAGCCGAGCCAGUUGGCAACUGCCCACUGCCAUCUGCGGGCAAUGCCGUCGUUCCUGCCCAUUUGACAUCUGGAGAGAAUCCCGAGGCUUGGAAGCCGGUAGAUGAAUGGGAGCCUCUCCCUCUCCUACGCGGAUCGCCCGAGCUGCCUUCUUCCGGCUUGCUUGUUGGCACAGACUCCUCUGACCAUAGCCUCGGAACGCACAAUAAUUUUCGCUUACUACACGCAGCAGUUGUCAAAAUGGCAAGCAAGAAUGCAACGGAAAUCCUAGUCACGCUGGAGGCAUUAUGGAAGAAUGUUGCGAAGAAAGACGUUGCCUACCUUUUAGGAGACAAUGCUAUAACUGAGGAUCUACGUAGAUGGAUGCUCUCGACGAUGAUUCACAUGGACCAGGUUCCAACUCUUGAAAAUCGAGUGUCUCCUCGUAAGGAGUGCCUCCUGACAGCUCGUAUGGUUGUGUGUCUUUAUGAUUCAGCAGGCUUCAUUCGGUUAAUACUUAUUGAUCCGCUACCUCGAGCUGCUACCUUGGGCACAAAGAUGAGACUGUGGAUAGAGGAGAAUGUGCUUCGAAACCUGGCAAAACAGGGCAAAUGCAUGAGCCCCAGCACAGCAUUCCCACAACUACUCGCUCAAGCUCAUCUCCGCGGGGAUGGAAGCACUCUUACAACGACAAAGUUUUACGCCGUGCCGGGUAGCGCAAUAAGCAGAGAUCAAGAUGCAGCUAAAGACUCAGUGCAAAGGGAGAAGGAGUCCAAGGCCCAGGUCAGAAGUCUAGUUGGGCGUAUGCUUUGGGUAGAGGUAUGGGGCUCGUAUGUGACUUGUAAGAAAUGGUGGUGGGACGACCCGGAAUGCGUCGCCGAGUGUCUCGAGCUGGGUACAUUGUGGGAAUAUCAUGCCGUCAAAGGUGUCAAGGAACUGAAGGCGGCGUAG